AAACUUGAAGUAACAAAAACAGAAAUUCAAGAAAUAAAUAAAUAAAUAACAUCCUCAAACUGAAAGCAAGUGCGCGGUGAGUUCAAUGAAUGAUCAAAACCGGUUUUGAAUUUUGAUCCAUCACCGUAUUCUCAAUGGCGGAAACCUCUGCACUGUGCUUCUCCACCUUCGGAUUCUCUUUUGCUUCACCCUUUUCUCCUUCCAAAACCUUCCCUUUCAAUUUCAACAACCCUUUCCCUUUCCCUCCUUCGCCUUCCACCCCUCACACGCGCCUCCUCCAUUUUUCCCCCAAAGCCACCUCCUUCGGCAACCUCUCCGGCGACGAUUCCUUCUCCUUUUUCCCUUGGUCCGAUUCCGGCUCCGAUAUUCAAUGGGUUCCUGAGGAGAGAAUUACGUUAUUCACUGCAGAUGGACUCGUUCAGAUUGGAGGCUCCAUGGUUCCUCGCCUUGUCAGCUCGUCGGAUAAGAAGCAAGGGAAAUCAAAAACCACCCAAAAAUUUCAACGGUUUCAGGAGAGUGAUUACAUGGAUCCCAAUCAAGGCCUUUGUCUCGGGGCACUCUUUGAUAUUGCAGCUACUAAUGGACUUGAUAUGGGCCGAAGACUUUGUAUUUUUGGUUUCUGCCGUUCCAUUGAGAUGCUUAGUGAUGUGGUUGAAGACACCGUUUUAGAGCACGGUGGGGAGGUUAUUGCCGCAGAGAAGGCCAGCAAAGGUGAUUUACAUGAAAAGCUAACCAUGACUGUUGCAGUGCCAUUAUUAUGGGGGGUUCCUCCAGUUUCCGAGACUCUUCACCUAGCUGUCAAAAGUGGUGGAGGGAUUGUAGAGAAGGUCUAUUGGCAAUGGGACUUUCUGUAAAUACAUGUUGUAGUUCUUCUAACCAUUCUUUCUGCACUCUGUACAUAAAAUUGUAUCUCUGUAUAUGUACACUAAAAUGUUGUCAUUGUACCUCUACUUGUACAAAAAAUUAUAUCCAUGAUAGUAUCCAAUUAUCCGUUCUUUGA